CAGGGAGGGCGCGCGCAAGCACGUCGUUGACGUCGCUCGAGGUUGAGAACGGAGCAGUGGCACGAAGCAAGCGUCAAUCGCUUUGAAAAGCGUCAGCAGGCUCGGUAGUGUCGGCUGGUGUCGGCACUGGUCAGCACGGGCGACUGGGGGAAAGUGGAGCCUUGAAAAGCUGGUAGCGGUGGUGGCGGCGACGACGAUGCGAAUGAUGCGAUGGUGGGAACGGGAACUCUCUCGGUCUAACAAUAAGAUGGCGUAGCGUUCUGCUACGACGCUAACGACGCAUGAGUAUCAGCGAGGUGAGUGAAGCUGAACGAGCAUCGAGAACGAUAAGGAUCAGGUCGUCUCCCGGGUAGGGUAACUGGCUGGCUGAUUUUCCCGCGCACGCACCUCGCUGCGUUCCUCUUCCUCUUGGCUGUUACGUGUGAAUAUUGUACGCUGUAUUUAUAGCGCUAACGGAAAUAGCUCGAGUACAUGUGUAACACACCGCGAAAAUGAGUUUACCCUGCGACUGGCAGACUAGCAAGCAGAAACUGUCGGAGCGUGGCCAGCAUCUGCUGGAGACUGGACAAUGGUCCGACUGUAAUUUCAUUGUCGGCCAGGAACCCCAGCAACAGACUCUCAAGGGUCAUAAACUGUUCCUGGCCAUGUCCAGUCCGGUCUUCGAAGCUAUGUUUUUUGGUGGUAUGGCAGAGAAAAACGAUCCGAUACCGAUAAGGGAUGUUCAGCCUGAAGCAUUCAAGGCCCUACUAGAGUAUAUAUAUACAGAUAAAGUUGAACUGGGUUCCUUCGAAUUGGCCUGCGAGUUAUGUUACUGCGCCAAAAAAUACAUGCUGCCAUCUUUGGUAGAAGAGUGUACAAAAUAUCUGUGGUGUGAUCUUUCGCCGAAGAAAGCAUGCAGAGCAUACGAGUUUGCCAAGCUUUUUGAGGAACCUGUCCUAAUGGAGAAAUGUCUACAGAUCAUACGCACCAAGACGGAUCAAGUGUUGAAGGAAGCCAGUUGGGAAGAUGUAGAGCUAGGAACGCUUCUCAAGGUCUUGGAGCAGGACGAUUUGCAAAUCAGCUCGGAAAUAGAAUUAUUUACCGCGAUGGAGCGAUGGGCCAAAUCGGAAUGUUCUAGAAAGUCUCUCGAUUCAGCCAAUGGCAAAUGUUUAAAAUCCGUCAUUGGAAAUGCCCUCGUAAAGAUAAGAUUUCUGAGCUUGACACCACAAGAAUUUGCAGAAGGUCCCGGCAUGUCUCCUUUGCUCACGAAAGAUGAGGCUUUCGCUAUACUGAUGAACAUCCUGUGUACUGGCAAUAAAACACCUAUGCCUGAAGGUUUUUGUACAAAUUCAAAUAGCAGAGCAAAACCAGUCAAGACUCACUCCACGAAUCUUGGACACUCCACGAACAUGGGAAUGUUUCCUAUGAUGACUUCGAGACAUAUUUUUGCUCCGUACGGCAAUUUAAAUAUUCCUGUACGUUCUGGCUUUUUAAAUGAUGGAGAAUCUAGCAGCAGUACGAUGCGGAACACAUCGCCGAUACUAGUGGAUGCGAGCAUAAAUAAAGACUCUGGAAACUCUCUCUUGCCCAAUACUUCUUCCACGGGAGUAGUUGUUCGCGAGGGACCAAAAUAUUAUUGUCUCAGAUCGGUAGUUCAGCAAACGGAUUGCUUGAAUACAAACGUGUUGGACUGUUCCGUCACAUUCAGUGUAGAUAAAAAUAUUUGUGUGGUGGGUGUACAGGUUCCUACGCAAAUCGCGGCGGCGAGUAAUUUCACUCACGCUAUAGAUGCUGAUUCGUCUUAUACUGAAAUUUUAUACGCUCAUCUCCUCGAUUGUGACGGUACCAGAUUGACAUAUACACAUUUCACUACUAAAGCAAAUUUUGGUACUCUCGUAGAAAUCACUUUCAAUCGACCAGUUUACAUUCAAAAGCACAAGGUUUAUCGAGUUGGCGUUGUAUUUAAUAAGGCUGGAUGGUAUCCAGUAGGAGUUUGCGCCCAAAACAUGUCCUGUGAUUCUGUGUUCUUCUCAUUCGGUGUGGGUAAUACUGCACAUGCAGUUCGUGAUGGUCUUAUUCGAUCCAUAGUUUUCACAUAUCAUUAACACAACGAAACAGGUGACAGAUAAAAAAUAGCAUACAUAUUUUACAUUUAUAUAUUGUGAUAAGAUAGAAAUUUACUCUUACGUUGUACAUUAUAUUUAUUAUCGUUAUCUUAUUUUUUGAAGCUCAUCGACGUCUUUCAUUGCAACUUUCAUGACCUUGGUGAAAUUGUGUCAAUAUAUUCA